CCGUUCCUGCCGCCGCCGCCGAGCGCGGCGCGGGGCCCAUGGAGCCGCGGCCGUGAGGCGCCCCCGGCCCGGGCCCGCUGUGGGAGCCGGGCGGAGGCCGGAGCCGGGUGCCGCCGGAGCCGGAGGAGAUGGACAAACUGACCAUCAUCUCAGGAUGCCUCUUCCUGGCUGCCGACAUCUUCGCCAUCGCCAGCCUGGCGAACCCGGACUGGAUCAACACCGGCGAGUCCGCGGUGACUGUGACAGGAGAAGUUAUUUGCCCUUUCAUGAACCUGUUUGGAUUGCAUGCUGAGAAUACAAAAAAAAGGAGGAUGAUACAGAGAAUGAAGAUUUAUGUACCAUCAGGUCCUAGAGGUGCUCUCACAGUUGGCCUUGUGCGACAGUGUCAAACCAUCCAUGGACGUGACAGGACCUGUAUUCCUCCACGGCUGCCUCCUGAGUGGGUCACUACGUUAUUUUUCAUCAUAAUGGGAAUCAUUUCACUAACUGUCACAUGUGGUUUGCUGGUGGCUUCCCACUGGCGAAGAGAAGCUACUAAAUAUGCCCGCUGGAUAGCUUUCACUGGAAUGAUUCUAUUCUGUAUGGCAGCCCUAAUAUUUCCAAUAGGAUUUUACAUCAAUGAAGUUGGAGGUCAACCAUAUAAAUUACCCAAUAACACAGUGGUUGGGUCUUCAUAUGUACUGUUUGUCUUAUCCAUUUUCUUUACAAUAGUGGGACUUCUAUUUGCUGGCAAAGUUUGUUUACCUGGCUGAUGAAUGUCUGGACUGCAGGACUUUAUAUUGGAAAAGAACAAGACAUCAGAAUUGCAUUCUCAGGAGGAUGCCUAAAUCAGACUAUCAAACACUGACUGAAAAGAGGAAUGCUUUGACUUGUUCUCACUAUGCACUUUGGAUGAAAAAAAGGAGAGCCUUUCCCAUAACCAAAUACAGACCACAUUGACUAAUCUCCUGAGCAUACUUCAAUGCAGUCAGGUCUGCACUGUGAUAGGAACUAGUGAAGAAUGCUUUACACUGAGAAGCAUAACACCCCAUGUUACUGGACUGUUCCUGUUUUUAACGUCUAACAAUUUGGAAGUCAAAGUAUUUAUGAACUUUGUGGUGAACCAGAGGGUUGCAGAGGAAUUCAAGUGAGGCUGGCCUCGCUGUUUAGGAGAUUAGUGUUUUACAUCUUCCUUCUGAUGAGCAAAGCCUUUGGCACCAAUGUGGAUCAAUCUUGCAUUACUGCACCAAGAAGCCAAUAGAUCAAAACAUGUUCUCUCAAUGUAUGUAACAGCAAAAAGACAUACAUGCCCUGCUCCCCCAUAAGCUCUAGGAAACACUAAGGAAUGCUUUAGAGGGGGAUUUCGUCCUUAUAUUUAUAUAAAUAUAUAUAUAUAAAUAUAUAUAUAUUUUGCUGAUGCAGUAUACAGUGUGUGUGUAUGUAUGUGAGUGUGUAUAUACACAUAUGUAUAUAUAUGUAUAUACACACAAAUGGUUCCUGGAAAAGAACUCAGAAUGCUUUGCUAGCAAAACACUGUGGUGUGCAAAACUAGAACUCAAUAGAGAAAAGCCAUUUUUCUGAAGGCCACAUAGCUGAGAGUCUUCAGUUUACCUCAUUCUUUGUAGCAGCCCUUGAUUUUAACAGUUUUUUGUAAUAGGUACAAACAAUCCCAUGCCUUUCUAGGUGCAAUUUUAAGUUAAGCUAAAAUUCUUUUUAUGGUAAUUUAUUUGUAUAUGAGGGUUGAAGGUGAGAUCAUGUCAUACCUUAAAAUCCUAAUUUUGGGAAACUGACACUAUUUAAAUUAUUAGCAACUGUUGUACAGAAAAUCUCUUUUUCUACUGCUUUGUUACAUUACCAUUCAUACAUGUUCAAGCACAGCAUUUUACCAUAGGUAAGCAUUUCUCUAGCACAUACAAAAUGCAAUGUUUAAAGUAAUGCAAACACUAUUCCUCUGCGAAGCUGGAUGAACUUAUUUUCAGCUGAGUAUUAAUUCAUCUUUGCCAAAAAAAUACAACGAGCAAUAUAAUUGUUAAAAGUAUAUGCCUUGUUUACUAAAGUUAUUUUAAACAUAGAUUUAAUGACCACCCAAAUUUGAAGUACAUAUUCCUCACUAAAAUAAUUUUUAUUUUUCAAUACAAAGAUGAACCAUUGAUGCCAGAGAUAUCUUAAUUCACUACUAGGUUGGUGUUCCAGGGAAGCUGCCUGCACUAUCAGUAUUUGUUUUCCAGUUAAUACAUAGUUUACCUGAGAUUCAUUCUGAAAACAAAAAAAUUGUCUGUUUUGGGCACCAUUUCAUUGAGCUUACUGGAGGAACUGCAUUGAUGAAUAGACAGUCAUUUUAGGAUGAGAUCUAUAUUAAAAUAAAACCAGCAGUUUCCAAAAUAAUCACCAGAUAAACUGGAGUGUUUAAAAAUAACACAGUUUGCACAAUUAUGUUAAACUCUGUGCCAUUCAGACCACAAUGGGUCUCUGCCUUUCUCCAUCUCUUCCUUCUCCCCUUCCCAAGGUAUUUCAAUACAAAAAGGUUAUUUGUUGAUUUAUAUUUUCUUUUGAAAUUUUUGACCAAACUUGCCACUGGAAUGGUUUCUAAGUAAUUUUUUUUCCCAGUCAGCUCAUUCACAGGUAGAAUGGAGUGUUUAUGGAUCACUUAAUUUUUCCAAAGUAUACUAAUCUAUAAAUACAGCCAAGCACUUACUUGGAAAUCAUGGUCUAAAUAUAAUUUGGUUCCUGAUUUAAACCUUCAUCUGCAUGGGCAAUCUAAGGCCCUAGACUAGAGGCCCCUAGUGAUAGUGGUGGAGCUAAAAGGCAGGGUUCAGCUGCUUGAUAUGUGUCAAAAUUUUGGUGUUAUCACUACUGUGUCCUAAGAAAGUAUUCACUAAAACUUGGAUUAUAAAUUACAUUUUCAGAAAUGUUACACUUGUAAAUAGUUCAAGAUUUUUGUAACUGGAACAUAGGUAGGGGGUGGGGAGAGUUUCUCAGCUGCUAAGAUUUCUUUCCCUUCCCACCCCUCCAACUUACUUAUUUCAGUUAUUGUAACAUCAUGUGGAUUUAGGCUUUGAUUAAAUGGAUUAUAAUAAUAAUUUUUAAAAAAACAACAACAACAAAAAAAACACUUAUCUUGGAGCAUACCCAGACUGUGGUUGGCUGACUGGAAAUUGAUCUGAUCUGCCAGCGCUAUUGCAAUGAAUUAUUAAAUGUUAGCAAAGGUUUAACAAAUAGAUUUAUUAAAUAUUUGAGAAUUUCAAGUCCAGAAAUAGAUGCAGCCAAAUGCAUUUAAAAAAACCCAACCCAGUAAUUGAAGAGACAGCUGUCAACAGUUGCUUUUAAUAAAGUCACUAAGUACUAUAUAGUACAGUAUUAAUUUAUAGCAGAAAAUCAUAUCUUGUAAACUGUAUAUAAAACACUGUUUUAUGGUGCAAUCAUUUGUCAAACUUAUGUCUGUUACUUUUGUUUUAAAGUUGUGUGCAUUCUUUUCAUACCUAAGAGCAUCACUGUAAAAUCUGCUGAAGACUAUUUAUAGGUUUUAUUUGCACAAGGUUUUGUUUUGAGCUACAGGAAGUUCGUAUUGAACAUGCCUAAACAUCUGUAGACUUUUUCAAUUCAUGAAAAACAAAUAUUUCCAUAUGGAUCUUCUCCAAAGGUAAUCCCAUAUUUGUGUUGAGUGUUUACAUAAACCUUUCUGAUUCUGCCAGCCAUUAUUUUUUAAUUUUUUGAAGGACAGCUCAUUUCAUACAUCACUAGAGAAUUCCAUUUAUUUUUUUGCUUCUAAAUCCUCCCAAAGGUUUGAUGACCCAUCAUAAUGUAAUUUGUGCACACUUUGUCAUUUCUUUGGCUAACAAAAUGUAAGACUGGAAACUGACAGUACUUUCAGAAGGAAAAACUAGUAAAUUUGUCUGUAUAAAUAUUACCAUGGAGCUCUGUUGAAAUAAUCGCCUGGAAGCUGUUUGGCUCAGACCUGGGGAGGGUGUGCUUCACAGAACACACCAGCCUAACCAUUUAACGUGUUUUUUCUGCUGUUAAUCCAGCUGGAGAGCGAUGCCAGUGUCCCAAAGCACAGUCAGUGUGCCACACUCCCAGCCCGGCCUCUGGCUCCGGUGCUGCCGCCAGAGCCGGGCCCUCCUGCCGUCCCUGUGUUUCCGAGACGCUGUUUAACCACUCCAGAACACGACUGUAGGUUCCUGUUUGCCCCGACACACACACACACACACACGGGAAAAUGAAAGCUGUCCUUUAAAACCUUUGUGAAGGAUGAAAAUAAUGAAGGAAAUGAUGUCUGCAUGUGGGCUGUCCUGCCUGGGCCUGAAGCUGGGCCCACCGCCUGAGCCCGCCGGCCUUUACUGAGGGUUGUUUUCUAUUGGUUAGAGCAUUUUUUCAAUUAAUGAUUUCCGAACAAAUGUUAAUAUUGUAUAAAAUGAACAUAAUUUUCUUCACUUGUAUUUUUGUUAUUGAGCAAGUUUAUCAAAAUAAAUUGUCUACUAAAG